ACUCUCUGCAGUUAUUUAGUGAAGUAGAGACUCAAACUAAACGAGAAUGCUCUCCCAUGUGUCUCCACUAGCCCCAAUCAGAAAAGGCGCUACCAACACUGUACUGCCCCUUUAAGACCUGCUCGCUCUCGGGCUCUACAAAAGGGAGUGACCUCUGGGCUUUGACAGCUCCCCUAAUAACUACCACCACGCAGGCCCCGCCUACCUGGCGGCCAGCCGCGCCGAUUGGCCUGCAGGCCGGUAUCCCGUGCUCUGAUUGGCCUGCCGCUUCCCCUGAGCGAACCUUUAGAACUCUGAGACAGACAAUAUUCUGUUACAUUGUAGCAAAAUGGCGACUGUCAUUCACAACCCCCUGAAAGCGCUUGGGGACCAGUUCUACAAGGAAGCCAUUGAGCAUUGCCGGAGCUACAAUUCACGGCUGUGUGCAGAGCGGAGCGUGCGUCUGCCCUUCCUGGACUCGCAGACUGGGGUAGCCCAGAACAACUGCUACAUCUGGAUGGAGAAGAGGCACCGAGGCCCAGGCCUUGCUCCGGGCCAGCUGUACACGUAUCCUGCCCGCUGCUGGCGCAAGAAGCGACGAUUGCAUCCACCAGAGGACCCGAAGCUUCGACUCCUGGAAAUAAAACCUGAAGUAGAGCUGCCCCUGAAGAAAGAUGGCUUUACCUCUGAGAGCACCACAUUGGAAGCCUUGCUUCGUGGUGAGGGUGUGGAGAAGAAGGUGGAUGCCAGAGAGGAGGAAAGCAUCCAGGAAAUACAGAGGGUUUUGGAAAAUGACGAAAAUGUAGAAGAAGGGAAUGAAGAGGAGGAUUUGGAAGAGGACAUUCCCAAGCGCAAGAACAGGACCAGAGGACGGGCUCGUGGCUCUGCAGGUGGCAGGAGGAGACAUGAUGCCGCUUCUCAGGAAGACCAUGACAAACCCUACGUCUGUGACAUCUGUGGCAAACGCUACAAGAAUCGGCCGGGACUCAGCUACCACUAUGCUCACACUCAUUUGGCCAGCGAGGAGGGGGAUGAAGCCCAAGACCAGGACCCCCGGUCCCCGCCCAACCACCGAAAUGAGAACCACAGACCCCAGAAAGGACCAGACGGGACCGUCAUUCCCAACAACUACUGUGACUUCUGCUUGGGGGGCUCUAACAUGAACAAGAAGAGCGGGAGGCCUGAAGAGCUGGUGUCCUGUGCAGACUGUGGACGCUCUGGUCACCCAACUUGUCUGCAGUUCACUCUGAAUAUGACCGAGGCGGUCAAGACCUACAAGUGGCAGUGCAUAGAAUGCAAGUCCUGUAUCCUGUGUGGGACCUCGGAGAACGACGACCAGCUACUCUUCUGCGAUGACUGUGACCGUGGUUAUCACAUGUACUGUUUAAAUCCCCCAGUGGCCGAGCCCCCAGAAGGAAGCUGGAGCUGCCAUUUAUGCUGGGAGCUGCUCAAAGAGAAAGCCUCAGCCUUUGGCUGUCAGGCCUAGGGCCUCAGGUCACAGAAUGUGACAUGCCACCAGAGAGGCUGAACUGGAGUCCUGUUUGAUCCAGAUGGAGCUCUCCUCCCGCAUAUUCACACAGACCAACUGUAAGGAAAAUGAAUAGUUACAGAAGGGCAUGGACAUGUGGAACCGAGAGGGCAAGGUCUCUACUCACCUACCGCCCUGCCUGUGACCUCCAGCCUCACACGUGGUACUUCAGCCAGUCCUUCCUCAUUUCUACCAGAGGGAGCUUGCACUUUGGAAGAACAAUCCAGCCCCAGCCCUGUGGAAUCUUCUUCACAUUCACCCUCACAGUGCAUCCCUCUCAUUGCUUCUCAUUUUAGCGGAAGCCAUUUUGUGACUGCUCACCAAUCACUUGUGUGUUGAUGGUGUGUGUGUGUGUGUGUGUGUGUGUGUGUGUGUGUGUGUGUGUGUUUUAAACCUAUUGUGUUUCAAGAUCCCUUCACACAGCCUCUUCACCCUUAGCUUAGGCUCUUCAUCCUAAAUUUUCACAGAGGAACAAAAUGCUGUGGAGAAGUUGUCACUUAUUACAAGCUUCCCUGGAAAUGUCUACGUUUGGAGGCCAUCUUGAAGAUGGAGCUUGGAAACCUCUUGUUUAAGAAGAGUUGCAGUUUUCAAACCUCAGCUGGGAUGGUUUUGAUCCACUGCACCACCAUUUGAUGAGGGGUGGAGAGGGUCCGAGAGAUGGGAGGAAAAAUUGGGACUCCAGCAUAACCAGUUAGUAUUUGCUGUUCAUCAAGAGAGACUUGGCAAGGGACCCAGUUGUUCUUUGACCUUCAGGACUGUGGUGUCCUUGAGGUGAGACAAACCACAGUUUACAAACACAGAAAAGUGCUGAAGAUUCCCGGUGCCUCCCGACUGAAUUGAGUGUCAAGGCCUGGCUCAAUUUCCGCUGGUGGGAGUCAAGCAUCAGAGAGGUGGGCAAAGGCUGCCCAUUCAAUGGUCUGAUGUUGGAGGAAAGAGUGUGUAGCUUUGAGAAACCCUUCAGUGUUAAUGCUACACUAUGAAUUCCUUUCCCGGGCAAUUUCCGCCUUCUGUGGAGUAUGUGUUUGCCAGUGACUACUGUGACGUGACUGGAAACUUCAGAAUGGAGGAGAGAGGAUCAUUACUUAACUAGAUCAUUGAGUGUGGUGAUUACUUGUGACGAGGUGGCCAUGAUUCAGAACCCUCACCUUGUACCUUAAGCUCCCCCGCUAUGAGCUGGACUCCCGUUUGAAAUAAGAAAGUUUCCAGAGAAAGAGGUAGGGAGGCCUAGAUUCCGAGAACUCUGUGUGUCGGAUGACAGCCUUGUGGGCUGGCGUGGGUUGGGCUGUCUUUGAAUCACAGCAACAGCAUGAUGAUUGACAUAUUUCUAGAAAAAAAAUCAUUUGCCCAAAGGGCAGGUCUCAGUGAGCAGGACCCUCGCGCAUGCUCUGCUUCCCUGAAAUCAGCUCCGUCGCCGCCGUGGUCCAGCAGCUUGCAACAAAGGCCUGAGUUAUUUUUAGUCUUCAGCUCCUGAAGAAGCCCCUGGAGACCUGGGCUAGUUGGGCCACUCUGCCCAGAUGCAGGCUUGCCUCUGCCUCCGCCACUCCGCAGGAGUCGUCCUCCCCCUGGCUAAUUGCUCUUGGCACCUGGACCCAGGGCAGCCUGGCAUGGAGCCAAGUGGUGUGCCCUCCCCCCAACUCCUUUGCAGAGUGACCUGUGGCAAGAGAGUGGGGGUCACUCUCCUGCAGGCCCUGUGGCCUCAGAGCUAGUUACAUGCAUACAUAAUAAUCUCAUUUAAAGGGCCCCUGUCCAGACAGCAUUUCUGCCUUCCUCACAAGCUCUCUUCUUCCUCCUGCUGGUUGCUGAGCCUGUGUGGAUUCUAAAGGCCCAGGGAAGGGCUGCAGGGAUAGCCCAUCUCCACAGAGUGGCACAUCUCCUCCCUAGACUCUGCUGGCUUACUCUCUCUUCCCACAAAACCUAAAGCAGGAUCUCCUCAAUGGCUAAUUAUUUGGUUGGGCAUUUGUUUUAAAUUAAAUUUAGGGGGGGAAAAAGGUCCAAAUGUUCUGGAAUGCUACACUGGCUUAAAAGUGGGAAAAAACAAGUCCAAAACCCCAAACUGUGGCUCUGAGACCUGACAGGUCCCCUUCUGGGGUGUGCAUGAGUCCGUUCUUUAUAGACAUGCAGAUGGGGUGGGGGUGCUCCCUGUUCUAUAUCCAGCCAUGCUUGCUCUGCCCACCCAAGCUGAGGGGGAACAGGCUUCCCUAGCCAAGUCAAGGCACCAGCUGGAGCUUGCCCACAGUGCUGGGGUUAGCUGAGCUCUGGGUGACAUAAGGAAGGCGCUUAGGGUUCCCUUCUGUUUCACUAAGUCCUGCAAAAUGGGCUCAGCCUUUCUGUUUCGGAGGCUUCAGUGUGGUUCCCCAUGCAGAAAGUGGGGAGAGCAGAUCAGCUUGUGAGAUGCCCUGUCAGGGUGUGACAGAGCCACCUCCUGUGUGGGAAAAAGAAGGUGCUGGUAAAGUAAAAUUGGUAUCCACUUUCUCUGAGCGCGGGAAUCACUGGUUCAGGGUUCGAAUGUCCCCUCUACCCGAGUAGUGUAUGACCUUGGACAAAUCACUUAGCAUCCUCAAAUCUCAGUUUGCCCAUCUGUAAAAUGGAAAUGCUGACACUUGCCUUUUCUAUUCCACAGUGACAUUGGGAGGGGCCCAAAGUAUAAUGUUAUAUAAACAACCAUCACCAGAGCCCAGCUUGUCUGUAGGAACUCCAAAUGCUUUCUGAAGCCACCUUCUUGUGGAUUCUAGCCAAAGCUAGAGACCUUCUUGGAAACUUCCUUUUAAUGGAAGGAGGUUUACACGCCAAGGGCUAGGUUAUCUGUGGUCAGGGCUCCUAAGCCAGGGCUGUGGCCAUGGAGACCAGGAUUGGGCAUGGGUGGUAAUGGGAAGUGUUCAGAGGCUGGGGACUUGAGGAUGAAGAUACUAUAAAUGCAUGUGCAUGCGGACAGACAGAAAUACACACACACACACACACACACACACACACACACACACACACACACACCAGCAUGAUUAACCACUGGGAGUGGGAGCCAACUUCUGCAGAGGGCACUAUGUUCUUGUUUAAAUGUAGCGUCACUUUCUAGCUGGUUAACUCUGGCCAAGUGGCUUUGCCUCUCUGAGCCUCACUGCGCAUGUGUGUGAGGUAGAGAAACAUGGCCUGUUUAGAAAUCUAGCAGGGAUAGCAGAGUAAUGCUGAUAAGUAUCUUGGUGUAGGCCUUGCUAAAAAGAGGGCCUCCCGCCUGUGGUAGCCACUGUCAUUCUGUGCAGAGGUCACUGAGGGGAAAGAAUGAUGCUGUUGAGUCCCCCUCUAAUCCCCGCCAGGGUUAUAGCGUUCUCCAGCCUUCUAUCCUUAUAUGGUGGCUGAAGGGUUCCUGCCGGAAAAUAAACUCUUAUUUCCGUCUAGACACUUUUGAGACCCUGCAUCUGGGGCCUGCAGCAGAUCCAGGACAGGCAACCUGGUGUAGGAACAGGAAUGGUGCUCCUGAUGAGAACGGACAUUCCUGUCAUCUUUCUCAACCCCUCCUGAGGCAGAAGCCACCGGCAGGUCCCUAGACUCUGCGGUAUGUGUUUGCCUCCGGGCCAGCUAGGAAGCCCAGGCUAGGUGGAGAGAGCAGCUGCUUCCCUGGGCUCAGCCUGAGAGGCCCUCCUGUGGAUAGCUGAGAGAGAGAGAGAGAGAGAGAGAGAGAGAGAGAGAGAGAGAGAGAGAGAGAGAGAGAGAGAGAGAGAGAGAGAGAGAGAGAGAGGAGAGGAUCACUUCUGCAGGGAAGGUUGGGGGAGGCUUUGCAGGGUCUGGGGGAGGAGUCUGGGUACCACUCAUGGUAGACUUUAGUCUUCAAGAACAAUUCCUUCCAGCCCUCCUUUUAAAAAGCCCAGGUAUUCUAAGGAAGAAAACAAUCAUUGUUACUUUUCAAGUUCAGGAAGCCUACGUUCUGCUGUGGGUAGAAGAAAAGAUCAUCGGCAGCCAGGCUGCAGCAAGCAUGGAAGAGGGCCGUGGUUUCCUCUCCCAGCUGCAAGUGUGAGGCAGCCUUGCUUGGCCAGUGGCCCAGGCAGGGUCCUGAGAACCUCCUGGCCUGCCCUCUGCCACUGGGUUUGGGAGUGCUGAGGUGAGACUUCUCUCUCCUCCUGUUCACUAAUGUCCAUCCUUAGGGAAUCCCCAAAUCCCAAAGGGUGAAGUUGGCUCCCAGGCCACAGUCAUGCCCACAUUACCACUGGAAGUGUUUGGGUCCCAGGCCUGGCUCAGGCAGGAGUAGAACACUGGUGUCCUUUCAGUAGGCCAGCAUUCCUGAGUUGGAGUUGGGAAGGGGAGUCAGGGGUUAGUGAGGAAGCCAGGCAAAACCUAACAAAGAGAAGAGAGGGGAAGGAGCCUUGAGUAGGGGUGAGAGUGUACUAGAGGGGGCUGUAAGCAAAGGGCCAGGACAGGGGAGUGAACAAUUAUCAGAACACGCUUUUCCCUCAGUCCUUUGGUCCUGGAAAACAAAAUUGUUUGAAAAAAAGAAACAAAAGCCAGACCUUGGCCUGGUUGUGGACAAAAGCCAGCUCUCCUUUCUCUGGGCCCCCUGGACUCUGGAUCCAUGUUGGUUAAGGGGGCCAUCGAAGGGCAAGGAGGGUGGGACUGGUGCCCCUCACCCAGUGGAACUAGGAAGGACCCCCAGGCUCUGGCCUGAGUCCGCAUGGAUUUUCCCACUCCCACAAAUGAGUGUCCUUGUAACAUUCGGACGUCAGCUGCUGAGGCCCCUCUGGUCUAGGUUGGCUGGGGCCAAGUGACAGAUGGUAGCAGAGUGAGCGUGGUGCUAGCCUCCAGCCUUGGGCACGGCCGCAAUUUCAGGCUUUGCUGCUGCAGGGCUUGGGCCCACAGGUCCCGACUCUAGCAGUUGGAAAGGGAAGCAGGAGGGCCGGGCCAGCCUUUUGCCUACCACCUGGCAGGACAGACAGCCUUGCCUCUACCUCCCUGUCCCCCACUGUCUGCUGCCCAUUUGGACCUUAGCUCAGCUUUAUCUGUGUCACCGCUGAGGAAUGGGGAGGACUUCAUAUUUUUUAUUUGUCCCGAAUCCACAAGUCUCCCCACUGCAGCCCCAACUGCCAUUGAGGUCAUCUGUGAGUUGGGUUCCUUUCCCAUUCCCCAGCAUUCUCAGGGCUUGGGGUCUCUAGGAUCCUCUUUCCGAGGCCAUGGUUGCCUGCCUUGAGGGUGGAAACAGCAGGAUGGAUGGAUUGAGAGCUGGAAAUGUCUUUCUAAUGAGGCUGGGGACCCUCUGGUGUUUGGAGGGACAGGGGGUAGGGGACUGGGAAAUCUGCAGUAGGUCAGAGGGAAGAGAGAGAGGAGGAUGCAGGAAGAUGAACAGAAUGGGCCCUUUGAGCAUCAUAUCGGUUGCUGCUGGGAAGGCUCAACUGCCAGGCUGUUCAAACUGGGCUGUAGGAGAGGGGCCCAUAGGAAGUAACUUCAGGAAGCCCUGAAGUAGGGGAGGGAGGCUCCUGUUUUGCCAUUUCUACAUCAAAUUCAUCUCUCAGAAGAGACAGAAACUUCUCCCUGUGAGGAGAAAAACCUGGAAGCCCGGAGCAGGGUGUCUUAGAUUCCUCUGGGUUCUGAGUGGGCUCUGGCUAUGUCUCCUGACUGAUCAAAAGUGAUCCUCGGCAUCUGUGAAGCUGUGAGGGGUGUCAUAGGGCCAGGGGGUACAGGGGUGCCCUGUUGGAGUCUAUGGCAGCCUCAGGUGGAGGAGCCAGCAACCUUAAACAAGGAAUGCUCCACAGUUUCCCCAUCUUGGGCCUCACCAUGAACAGGAGCAUUUGUGCUGAUGGUGACAUUUCCCAGGGCAUGGUAGAGGAAGGCAGUAUUGGGCUGGCAGGCAGCCAGAAGCCUCUUCCAUAGAGAUACAAUUACUAAUAAUGACCUCUAGCCUGGAAGCAAAUAAGAUGGCCAUUCAGGUUGGCACCCACUGGGUCUGGCAAAUCUAAGAGCUGGAGCUGGGAAGGGACAUUGUAGGAAACAGAGAAGACCCAUGAGGCCCUGGGGCCUUUGUAUCCCUCAGCAGGCAGCUUCGAGAAAUCCCAGCCACCGUUUCCACUCACUCUAUCUUGUUAGCUUGCCUUUCUUCAUCUCUAUUGUUGUGUUGCUAUUAUUAAUAUUGAUAACGAGAGCAGGGUGUGUGUGUGUGUGUGUGUGUGUGUGUGUGUGUGUGUGUGUGUGUGUGUGUGUGUUGACCCGAAGAAAGCCAUUGGUGUUGAUCCAAGAGCAGUGGGAGAGCCAGGAGCAACCAGGUAAGAUGUCCCUUAACUGUCCCAGAGGUUUUCCACAGCCAGAGACUCCAGUGCCCAGUCUAAACAACCACUAGAUUCCCACAGAGGGAUGCUCUUGGCCCUUCCCACCUUGCCCCUCCCCCACCUCUGCCUAUUUGGGAGACACAGCGAGGAUUUGAGAAGAAGAGGAAGCCUCAACUAUGUAAUGAAAACGGUGCAAAGACAGUAUGGCUGGAAUUAGGCCUGGGUCGCUCUUGACUUUGCCUGCCCUUUCUUGUUCAUUCCCCACGGUGACCUCCGGUGACCUCCGUUCUCCUCCUCUCCUGCCUCCUCCCUCCUCUGCCCUUGCCCUGUGUUCCCUCUAGCCAUGCAAAUGCUAAAGAGUGCCGUGGUGGCUGGAAGAAACAGCAGCAUGAAAGAAAAAUACACCCCUGUGCGUUUUCAACAUGUAGUUGAAGAAGUCUAAAUUAAGGACUGGGGGAAAUAAAGCAAAAGAAACAUGGCCGGAUAAUAUAGGAGUGAAGCAUGAAAACAGAAUCUCGGGGCAGAGAUGAUGUGGAGCAGGUGGGUUGGGUCAGCAGGGAGCCCUAGCUUGCCAGUGUGUCAGGUCCACGUGGCAUUUGGGGGAAGCAGGCGAAUCGUGCUUUUGGAACAAAUGGUCAAGUGCUUAGAAGCAUUUGUGCUCCCCUGUCAGGCAAGGGAAAGGAUGUCCAGCCUAGCUGCUGCUGUGUCCUCCAUGCUUGUCCACCCUGGUUACUUUUCUCCCUGGAGGCAGAUGAACACAUCUCUUGCCUGCCAAGAGCGAGCGCUGGGCAAGCUGGUACCGGCUGAGGCACUUGGCAGGGGGCUGGAUAUGCGCAGAGCAAUGGACUUGGUCUGCAGGGGCUGGAAAAACAACCUCACCCUUGCCCAGCCUUUGGAUUACAUUAUCGGCUGUAAACGUAAAAAUAUUCCUGGAACUCCUGUUAAAUAUCCUACCACCAGGAAAGGGUUGGUUAUACGUAUGUAUGUUAAUUUCUGUUUUGCACAUAUGUUCAUAUGAUGAGCAGGUAGAAACAUCUGGUUAUUUCCACCUUCUGGAAGUUAGGGAGAACACAACUGGUCCCAGCCUCCUUGUUUUGAUUUGUUAUCCCGAACACUAGCUGCCAUAGAAGAUACAUAUCCUUAGCUCAGAGAUGCCAUGGAAAGUAUUCGUCUUUAGCAUCAGAGUCAGGGAGAUGAGGAAUGGGGGUACCUCGCUGAAGUGUGUCAGACAGUCAUGGAAUCUGAGGUUAUAGCUCCAAAUGCUAUCUUUGGAUUUCUGGAGUGAAGGUCAGGGAGAUGUAAUUGGCAGGGUAUGAUCAGUAGUGAGAAUUAACUGGCUCAUGCCUGAGUUGAGUGGACACCCACUGAAGCCCUGCUGGCUUGGGCUCAGCCUCUAGGGACCAGUUUCUGUUAGGGUCUAGCUGGCUUAUGUGGAUACGGCCCAGCAUCAGGCAUUUCCAGUACACCUGGCCAGCGGCUCUUCACAUCCUAGCUCAGGCUUCAUUGACUCCAACUUGUCGAUAUUGACAGCGCUGGGGACAAAGAAUUUCUUUCCUCUCCCCCUCUUUCUGCACGUGUCACAACCAGGUUUUAGCUUUCAGAUAUUCCCCCAAGGAGUCACACCAGGCUUGUUUGCCAGCUAAAUGCUCACCUUGGGGGAGGCCUGUUCACAAGCAACUGUAGGUUUAGCUGUUGAUGGUCUUAGAGAAGGCUCUUCUGGACCCUGGGAGGACACAGCCCUCAGUAGGAGGGACUGUGGGGUCCCUAGGGACAGCCAGAAUGAAGCUUGGCUGUGAAUCUGAUUUUAAAGUGCCAGAGAACAAGAAACACAUACUGGAGUUUGAGCCAUUUGAAAGCUGCCAGGCAGGGUUCUUUUGGUCCACAUCUCCUUUGAAUCAUUAGCUCCUCACUGUCCUUAGUGAUAGCGUAGUAUGGAAGCAUGAGGGAAGGCCACCCACCUGGAUCCUGUCCAAGCCAGACUGGUGGCACAGGCCUCAGGCAGCUGGCAGCAGACUAUGAGCUCCCUGCCCCUGAAUUCACAAUGGACCUGGGAUCCCCAGAGCUAGUGGACCAAGCUCUGAGAGGACCCCCUCUCCCCAUCUCCACUCUAGUGUUCUCAGACCCCUUCCUAUCCUGAGGCUGGCCUGCUGGACAGUUAGCAAAUGCAAAUCUGAGGAGUGACUGGCCUGUGCACGUGACAGUCCAUUUGAGAAGGGGCCAGAACUACGUCCUACCCAGUGUCUCCUCCCUGCCCUACAUGUGUUUAGGCUGAGGACAACCUUAAGGCCCAGUUUCAAAUAACACUUUAUCCCUGAUAGCUAAGAUGUGGAAGAUCUCCACGGGAAGAUACACAGAAUUGAUUUUCUUCUUCUGGUUGGCUAAUCCCCACUGUGUCUCCCAUCGGGGAAAGGCUGGCUCGGUGGCUUUGGUAAGGGUUUUCCUGAGUGAGCUUGGGCAGGAGGUCCGUAGGGUGGGAAGGAUUUGAGAGAAAGAUGUCUUGUGAGGAAUCUCAUAGCUACAUGGGCUUCCAGAGAUCCACGGAGGUCUUGAGUUAAGUCAGGAAUGUGAGGCAUUUGGGAAAGAGCUGGUUUAAGUCUUCGUGUCUCUGUUAGUAUCUGAGCUGACCCUGGACGUCUUGCAGCCUUGGGGAUUACCACCCUAGACUGCUUUGGGUUGCAUUUGGGAAAGGGUUCUCAGUCCCUGGUGAUGGUCUCGUGACCUCGGGAAUCAUGGGAUCUCCACUGGUACCUAUUGACCUGGCUGAGGUGUGAUACACACUUCUUCCAGUGGGCACAAGGGAGAGACGCCAUCCGGGCACUUUAUCCUCCUCCGUAUUGCUGCAAGCUUGCUUAUCUCUCACUCACCACUCCCUCAGCGCCUUGAGGAUCUUCAUCACACAAGGAUGGCCAAGAGCGUCGGCCUCCAUCACUGGCAAUCUCUGCGAAUGAAGAUCUUCCUUUUAUGCCUUUGAACAUUUUUUCCCCACUGGACCUUGGGACCCAGCACCACGCUGCCUCUUGCUGACUGAACAACCUAGAGUUUUUUUUGCCUUGAGCUGCUUAGCUCCGGUGCACAGGAUGUGGGCUGGCACAGCUUCCACGAGGUUACAGAAAAGGGCUGCCGAUUUGGGAAGCUGGGUGUAAUGGGCCGAAGAUGAAUUUCCAUCCAGCUUGCUUUGCUGCUUUGAAGAGCAAGCACAGCAACAAACAGACAGGAAGGCCGGCCAACCCCAGCUCCACCGCCUCCCCCCUCUUCCAGGUGUGUUGGGACUGCACAUGUAUAGCUGUGUGUGCCCCUGUCCUUCCGUCCUCUGGGGAUGCUUUUUUCUCCCAUGUAUCAAGUCUUGGUCUUGUGACUCCCAUCGUGAAAGGUGCUGUGCUGUCCCCACCCUGCCUAAGGGAUGUAUGGGAUCUCUUGGUAUUUCAGUAUUGGAAAGGAGGCCGUGCUUAUCUUCCCUUACCCCAAGGACACAUACUGGUUCUGACUCCCUAGAGAGCUGGCACAUUGCAAGGAGCUCCAAGAGAAUCUGAAGGUUGGAAUUCGCCCAUAUCUGGAUUUAACUCUCUGACUGGGGCUUACCUGGAAAGCCGGCUGUCUGGAAGGACUGCCUAUGUGCCAGGGCCCUCCCCCUCCCUGUCUUUCCUCCUGCCCUGACUCAGGAGGGAGGCCUUGGAGACGUCAGAACCUGAGCAAAUGGCUAAGCAUAUGAGUAUCUAGCAGCCUUUACCUCAGAAUCACUGGAUAUCCCAGCCCCUCAGAGGACCCCUGCACGUUGGUAAAGACUGAGCCACAGCCCCCUGCCUCUCCUUGCUGUGGUUAGUAUCUUGUUCUGUGACUGAUUAGCAGUGUUGACUAUCCAUGUAGCAAACCUUUUGUCUGCAGUUUAGAGAAUGUGUAAACAAAUAAAAGCUUUAGACCUCU